GAGUGAAGAAAGCCGAUAGCGUCUGGUGUUUACGUCAUUUCAGCACGCCGCGGCUCAGCUGCUCCUUUGGAGUUCACGGGGAGGAGGGCGGAGCCUGCGCAGUCCGGUCUUCACCUCUGCACCUCGAAGCACCUUAAGGAGCUUUUAUUGCGCCAGACUUCCUCCGCACAGCUUUUUUUUCCUCCACAAAGCGGGGCAGAGAACAUGGAUAUGUUUUUAUUAGCCUAGAAAGGCCGGGUGGGGGUGUUUUUGGUUACAACCUGCUGCUCACUCCGCCGAGUUCUCCUGUUUCAGAGAUUAAGACCCGUCCGAGUCCAACGGCCUUCAUCAUGCUGCCUCCUCCUCAUCCUGACGUGUCAAUGUCUCUGACUGCAGGACAAGAACGGAGUGAGCCGUCCCCGUGAAAGAUGCCUGAAGGAAGAAUGCGCCUCCCUCUUCAUUUAAGGCCUGCAUAACAGCACAAACAGGCCCUGCUACUAUUCUUCUCGAUUCUUCAUGAUUUAUUGACUCCCUGCAGUUAUGGUUGCACCCAGUGAGCAACCCGGAAUGCUUCCCCUCUCCUUUCUAUGACACGACUCAAACCACGUGAUCAGGACGAUGGCCUCUGUGGUCGCCAAUGGAAACCAAGAAAGACAGUCUCUGGUUUUGAGAGGGGUGGAUCCAGAGACUUGUAUGAUUGUGUUCAAGAACCACUGGGCUCAGGUGGUGAAGAUCCUUGAAAAGCAUGACCCCCUCCGUAGCAGCUCCACCCUGCCCUCCCUGAGUGUCAUCAACCUCAGCCACGGCUCUGGUGGCAGCUCCCGCUUUGGCGCCAUCCCCGGAGACGAGGCGAGCGCUGUGCAGAACUACGUCGAGCACAUGCUCUUCCUGCUGAUGGAGGAGGAGUGCGGGGAGGCCGGCGCCAUGGGCCCCAUCCUGGAGUUUGUGGUGAUGGAGAACGUGAUGGAGCGCCUGUUCGUGUGGAGCCUCCGCAGGGAGUUCACAGACGACAUGAAACUGGAGCAGCUCAAGAUGUACGAGAUGCUGGUGGGCCAAGCCCGCCAGCCUCUGCUGCAUCACAAACCCAUCCUGCGGCCGCUCAUGAUGCUGCUGUCCUCCUGCUCGACCACGACGGCACCCGCCGUGGAAGCCGAGCUGGUGCUGCUCCUAAACCAGCUGUGCUGCGUUCUGGCGAAAGACCCGUCCAUCCUGGAGCUGUUUUUCCACACCAGCGAGGACCAGGGAGCCACGAACUUCCUCAUCUUCUCCCUCCUCAUCCCCUUCAUUCACAGAAAGGGAACAGUGGGCCAGCAAGCCAGAGAUGCUCUGCUGCUCAUUAUGUCGUUAUCUUCUGAGAACGAGCGAGUGGCCAAGCACAUCGCAGAGAACACCUACUUUUGCCCGGUGCUGGCCACAGGACUGAGCGGCCUGUACUCCUCUCUGCCCACCAAACUGGAGGUGCCCAGUGAAGAGUGGCACUGCCUCCACAAAGAGGACUGGCUGCAGAUGCCCUCAUUGGUGCAGUUUCUUAAUUCACUGGAAUUCUGUAAUGCUGUGAUUCAGGUGGCUCAUCCUUCCAUCAGAGACCAGCUGCUAGAUUACAUCUAUAAUGGUUUCCUUGUUCCUGUCCUAGCACCAGCUCUGCACAAGCUCACGCUAGAGGAAGUGAUGACCACCACAGCGUACCUGGACCUCUUUCUGAGAAGUGUGUCUGAGCCGGCCCUGCUGCAGACCUUCCUGUCCUUCAUCCUGCUCCAUCAACACGAGGCCGUCCACAUUUUAGACACGCUGGUCAGCCGCGUCAACACCCCAUUUCAGUUGGGCCUCGUAUCGCUGUCAUUUUUCCGCACUCUCAUUGGCUUAUACUGUGAAGAUGUGAUGCUGCAGCUCAUACUGAGGUACCUGAUCCCCUGCAAUCACAUGAUGUUGAGUCAAAGGCGCGUGGUGAGGGAAAGGGACUUCUACUCAGCAUCAGCAGCAAAGAUCCUGGCCCUGACGCCGUCCUGCUGCUCACCUGAUCACAGCCCCCCACCCCUACGACAGCUGGACUCCAUCCUCUUCUCCAAAGGGUCAGACACUCCCAGCAGCUCCAGCAGCACAGAGAAGUCUCAGAUCUUCGUGGAAGUGGACGAUGGCUCUGGAAUCUCCUGCACCAUUGGCUCCGAAAUCUACCUUGAUGUCAGUUACCUUCAUUACCUCUACGAUGCUCGCCUGAGCAUCAGCAGCUGUAUGCGGGCCUGCCGGGUUUGGUCGGCGCCGUACGACGGGGAGGAACCGCCUCCGGACAAAUACCAGCCGGGGGUGCUGGAAGAGCCGGGCCGACAAGCGCAGGCGUCUUUGAAGGGAGUCCCAAAGCUGCGCUUGCCCCAUCCACGACCAAGCCCACCAACAAGUCUAGAAGCCUCUUCCACCAACCCAGUGGAGCUGGAGUGGGACGAUAGUUACGACGUGUGCUCGGUUCAGACGGCCGAGGCUCCUGCAGAGAGCAAGCCCCCGCCGCCACUUCCUGCUGAGCCCCCAAAGCACAUCCAAGAAAUGAGGAGAACUGCUAUAAUGCUGGUGAAGGGCUCCUACAUCGAGGAAAACGACUUCCAGGAUGAUGUCAUGGUUUAUGAUCUUGUUGCUAAGAAAGACUCCACAGAUUUGGAGUGCACAAAACACCUGCCCAACGGUUCCUCGUCAGAGGAAACCCAGCAAGGAUCAGCAGAUGUUCCUCCCAGAAAAGCAUCGAUGACGUCUGGGGUUAGUGACAAAGGCAAAAAGGGCUUGGAGACAAAGUUCAAAGGUCCGACUGAUUGUAACGCCAAUCUCCAAAACGCCGCUGCAGUGGAGGCAAGGGAGGAUUUUUUGGAUCAGUACGAGGAGCUCAUUCGCACUCUAGACACAGAAUCGGGGGGAAAACCAGCAACAGCCGAGGGAGACAGGCCUGUGGAGGAGGGCACAGACGAGGAGGAGAUGGACUUCACUUCCUUCUCCGCUGAAACCCCAGAGCAAGACAAACCGCAGCCACCCUUUGGAAUGGUUAAUAAGUUUCGCAGUGGAAGUACAAACAAAAAUCCUGCUGUGCCUUUCACAGGUCCUUUCAUAAGCGUGCUGCUGUCCCGUCUGGAGAAUAUGCUCUCAAACCCGCUUCACGUCAACCUGCUGCUGACCGGCAUCCUGGCCCAGCUGGCCGCCUACCCUCAGCCUCUCCUUCGCUCAUUCCUCCUCAACACCAACUUGGUUUUUCAGCCGACUGUUCGCUCCCUCUACCAGGUGCUAGCCACCGUAAAGAACCAGAUUGAAGAGGAGGCUGCCAGAAGGAAGGAUUUUACUGAGCUGAUCACUGCUGCCCAACACUGGCUGCUGGCAAGGGAGGCUUCAUCCAUUACAGCAGCAGAUAAAAGCAGUAGCAGUGGCUCCAACCACCACGAUGGAGGAAGGAUCCUAAAGAAUUCACCACCCGCUAAACCCAAAACCAUCUCUGAGGAGCAGACGGAGGUCUUUGCAACCGUCCUCUUCACAGAGUUCCUCAAAGAGCUGGCAGCCAUCGCACAGGAGCACUCCAUCUUGUCUUGCAUUCCUAUGGAAGAGUAGAUGGGACAAAUCCUUUUUUAAAUGGAUACAUUUCACGGCUCAUCAUCACACUUAGGUCAAGAGUUGAGCUGCCUGGGGGGGGAAGUAGCUGACAUGUUUUGACCUGUUUGCUGCAUUUCCUCCCUAAGGCGAGCUGCAGGUCAACUCACCAAAGACUGAGGAUGCUUGUUAGUAUAAAAAACAAAACAAAAAAAACAGAUUUCAGCACUUUUAACCCUUCCUAUGAACUGCUUUCCAACAUUUGCCCUUCUUCUCCGGCAUGCUGUUCAGUGGUUCUGUGUUCUUCUCAGGUGGCCUUUCAGAACUGCACAUUCAUGAAGGUACCUCAGGAGUCCUUAAACCCCAUUUUUGAUUCAAAAUAAUAGUUUUCCUACGUCUUUCUGGAGUUUGACAUUAGUGGAUCCUGAAAGACAAAUCACAGCAGCAAAGAUGAUUAAAAUACGCUGUAUUUAUCGCGCCUUUACCCUUUAAGAUGUUUUGUAAAAAUAAAAUGUUGUGGUUGACAUAGAACACUAUGCAAAUCAGACAUACCUAUAGGGUGUAAGUAGGGUUUAGCAUAUUUUGAUAUGGGGAAGGGGUAUUUAAGCUUUUAUAUUUUUCAAUUUAUUGCAUUUUUUUUUGUUUGCCUGGUUGUGGAUAUGCAUAGAUUCCCAUAUAAGUCUGGAAUUGGAAUUGUUGGGAUAGUUGUGAUUCUGUCUCGGUGUAUCGGGCAACAUGCUGUCAGUUGUCUUUAUUUUUGUGUGAUAAUCUGCAUGUUUAAAUGAGAUCAUACAGGAUAUAUAUUUUUACAUGGAAAGUUUAAAACUGGUUCACACUUUGUCAGACUUUUGUGGAUAAUAUUUCUAUGUAAUGCUUUUAAUAUUUUUGUUUCCAUAAGAGUUUUAAUUUCCAAAGUAAAUUAAGAAGGAAACAGGUUUUAGAGUGAUGUUUUAAGAAAAUCCCUUCACAUUAAAAGCCUACACAAAGUAACAGUUCAUAAAUUAUACAAAAAAAGAAAGAAUCUAUGCAUCCUUCUGAUUUUUUGUGUGUAAAAAAGAGAUGAUGAUCCUGAAUUUCUUAAAGUAGAACAAAACUUUUAUCAGUUGUUUUUGCAGAGAAUAAUUCCUAUGAAAGAAGGCUGGAAAAAAAAAUCAUUUCCUAAUUUUGUAGCCUUGGGAGCUAUACUGAAGAUAUGAGUGCUCUCUUUUUAUGCAUUAGUCUAAUGAUGGGAUCGCUGCCAGCUUUUAAAAUCUCACAUCUAUACUGGUCUUUCUUAAUUUAUGCUAUGCAGACAAUGAAUUGAGCAUCAGGAUCUCUGUGGGCUUGAAACUGUACAUUAAUAAAUGUCAAAAGCCAUUUUUAGAAGUAUGUUUUCCUCUCUGGUUAAAGAAUGUUUCCUAGCACUUUAUCAGCCUUUUCAAACCGCAGUGCCACAAGGACUAAGUGUCUUCGGAGAGAGGUUUGCUCAGACUGUGAUUAUCAGACUCCCAAAGAUGAAUUCUGUUUUCUGCUCAACGUGUCUGAGAAACAAUCAAAUGCCUCUUGAAAAUAAAGAAAAAUGAGCAUAAGUGAA